AUGCCUUCCGAUGGCUUGACGAUCCGCGAUGUCACCCCAACGAUCACCACCUUCUCCACGCCAUUCAACCGCUUCGCGCCAUUCGGCUAUCGUAAAUUCGUCGCAGUAGGCAAUCGAGCAACAGCCAUUCGGUUGCACGACAACCGAAUCUUUCUCCUCAACCCCAUUGAGCUCGAACAAGCGGUGCGCGACAAGCUCAAUAAGCUCGGGGGCGUUCAUCUCGUGGCCAGUGAUCUUGGGCACCAUAUGUAUGUCAAAGACUAUGUGGACGCAUGGCCACAAGCAAAGACUAUUGGCGUCCCAGGUCUGAAUCAUAAGAGAAAGGAUGUGAGGUGGGAUUAUAUCUACAAAGACUGGCGGACAAGUCCGGAAGACCAGUUCGACUUUGCACAGGACAUUGAAACGCAAUACCAUCCCAGCUCAUCAGAUCAAGGCCCCUUGUCGAGUGAAUUUGCAAAGCGCGCACACCCGCGAUCGGUAUGGGCAAAGCGACUGGUCUACCACAUUGCCACUGUUGAUUACACCUUGAUGCGACGCGAUGCGAAGAAGGUCGCGGAAUGGAAUGUCGAGCGUAUUAUUCCUUGCCAUGGAGACGUCCUUGAUAGCGGUGGCAACGAAGCAUGGGCAUUGGUGUACGAGUGGUUCCUGCAGGGUGACGCGAAGACGAGUAUAAUGAAGAGACUUAUGAGUCCGAUUGUGAAGGUCGCGAGGAGGGUGUUUCUGAUGUGA